AUGGUUAUAGAGGAGAUGGUGAUGGUUAUAGAGGAGAUGGUGAUGGUUAUAGAGGAGAUGGUGAUGGUUGUCCCCUCUACCCCAUACCCUCCUCAGCCCCUCUACCCUCCUCAGCCCCUCUACACCCUACCCUCCUCAGCCCCCCUACCCCCUACCCUCCUCAGCCCCCCUACCCCCUACCCUCCUCAGCCCCCCUACCCGCUACCCUCCUCAUCUCCCCUACACCCUACCCUCCUCAGCCCCUCUACCUUCUUCAGCCCCCCUACCCCAACCCUCAUCUUCCCCUCUGCCCUCCUCAGCCCCUCUACACCCUACCCCUCUACCCCCUACCCUCCUCAGCCAACCUACCCUCCUCAUUCCCUCUACCCUACUCAGCCCCCCUACCCCCUACCCUCCUCAGCCCCCCUACCCCUACCCUCCUCAGCCCCUCUCACCUCUACCCUCCUCAGCCCCCCUAACCCUACCCUCCUCAGCCCCUCUCACCUCUACCCUCCUCAGCCCCUCUACCCCUACCCUCCUCAGCCCCCCCUAUCCCCUACCCUCCUCAGCCCCUCUUCCCCCCACCCUCCUCAGCCCCUCUUCCCCCUACCCUCCUCAGCCCCCCUACCCCUACCCUCCUCAGCCCCUCUCACCCAUACCCUCCUCAGCCCCUCUCACCUCUACCCUCCUCAGCCCCUCUACCCCUACCCUACUCAGCCUCCCACCCCCUACCAUACUCAGACCCUCUUACCUCUACCCUCCUCAACCCCACUACCCCCUACCCUCCUCAGCCCCCCACCCCCUCUACCCAUACCCUCCUCAGCCUCUCUACCCCCUACCCUCCUCAGCCCCUCUACCCCCUACCCUCCUCAGCCCCCCUACCCCCUACCCUCCUCAGCCCCUCUACCCUACUCAGCUCCCCUACCCCCUACCAUCCUCAGACCCUCUACCCCCUACCCUCCUCAGCCCCCUAGCCCCUACCAUCCUCAGCCCCUACCCUACCCUCCUCAGCCCUUCUUCCCCUUACCCUCCUCAGCCCCUCUACCCUCUACCCUCCUCAGACCCUCUCCCCCCCACCCUCCUCAGCCCCUCUUCCCCCUAACCUCCUCAGCCCCUCUCACCUCUACCCUCCUCAGCCCCCCUACCCCUACCCUACUCAGCCUCCCACCUCCUACCAUACUCAGCCCCUCUUAUCUCUACCCUCCCCAACCCCCCUGCCCCCUACCCAAUUCAGCCCCCCACCCCCUACCCUCCUCAGCCCCUCUCACCUCAACCCUCCUCAGCCCCCCUAUCCCUACCCAAUUCAGCCCCCCACCCCCUACCCUCCUCAGCCCCUCUCACCUCAACCCUCCUCAGCCCACCUACCCCUACCCUAUUCAGCCCCCCACCCCCUACCCUACUCUGCCCACCUGUGUAGUCCCCUUCCUGCUGCUCAUCAAUCACUUCUCAGAUUCCAAUGCUGCUCAUUGA